AUGUGUGAUAAAGAAGAUGAUUCCUUAACUGAUUAUGAUAAUGGAUAUUCAGAUGUUGACAGUACACUAAUGACUUCCUCAAAUUUAUCAAACUCUUAUCUACAACUAAGCAGUAAGUCUAAUAUUUCAAAUAAUUCUCAAAAAAUUUCUUCUCUUUAUUACUUAAAUUUUUAUGAUAAUCACAUAAAACCAUACAGAAUUUUAAGUGCUACUGAGUCUCAAGAGACAAUAGCUAAAAUGACAUCACAGAAGAAAGAAUUAACAAAAAAUUGGAGAUCUAAAUCAAAACCUAUUAAUGAUAGAAGAAAAUAUUCCAAAGAAGAUACCAAAUAUAAUAAAAAAGAGGUUUUGUUGAGUAGAUCUGUAACGUAUCAUAAUUCAUUUAAUCACCCCACUUCAAUAAGUAAUUUGAUAAAUAUUAAAAAAGGAUUUAAAAGAUUUGACUUCUCAUCCAUUCACUCAUCAUCACUAUUAUCAAAUCUUUUAAGUAGAAAUUAUUUUUCUACAAUGCCAAGUAAAGAAUGUAGUAUAAAAUAUUGGUUAACUACACCAAAUUCUACUAGAAGACCAUCAUUGAUGGUUGAUGAUGAUGUUAUUUCUAAUCCUUCAUCUGGAAAUCGUAAUAGUACAAUCUCAUCAUCAAAUAGUGAUGAUAUAGAAAAUGGACAUCGUAAUAGUGUCCUAACAACAACUUCUGGUUACCAGUCAGAUCGUAGUCAAGUGCCUUCAACAUCAAAAGAACCAUCAUUUAUUGUUGAUAGUAGUAUAAUACAUUUUUUAAAAUCGAGACCAAUCUUUAAAGUUGAAGAAAGUAUAUCAUAUUUAAAAAGACAAGAAAUACUUAAUUCAUCAAAUGUAUCAAAGAAAUAUCGAGUAAUUAUAGAAUUAUUAGAUACAGAGAUAUCAUAUUUAAAUGAUCUUGAAGAUGUCUUACAAGGAUAUGCAACAUUCUUAUCAAAUCAUGAAGAAGAUAUUGAAAUAUCUGCUGAGACAACUUUUACAAUAUUUCAUACACUUGAAAAAGUAUAUGAAUUUAGUAAAAAAUUAUAUCAUGAUUUAGAUAAUUCUAAUAUGGAUACUAUAAAAAUUUCAAAAAUAUUUAUUAAUCUUAGUGGUGGAUUUCAAUGUUAUAGUGAUUAUUGUUCAGAAUACCAAAAAACAUUAAAUUUACUUGGAAAAUUAAAAGAAAAUUUAACAUUUUUAAAUGGUUUAAAUUUUUGUCAAAAUCUUCUUAAACAUUCACUACCUUUAGAUACAUAUUUAUUAAAACCUGUACAAAGAAUUCUUAAAUAUCAUUUAUUUAUUGAAAGUUUAUUAAAAUGUACAUCUAAUGAGAUUGUAAAUGAUAAUAAUGAAAUAGAAAAACAAUAUAUAAUGGAUGCAUUAAAUGUAAUGAAUAAUGAAGCAACUAAAAUUAAUGAAACACAAAAAAAAGCUGAGUAUGAAGAAAGAUUAAAAGAGUUACAUACAAUGUUUGUUAACUGUAGUCUGGAAGAAGGAUUAGAUUUUACUCAUUGUGGUAGGCUUCUUUUAGAUGGUUCAUUUAAAAUACUUAAUAGUAAACAAAAAAGAAGUUUAUUUUUAUUUGAAAGAAUGCUUCUUGUUACAAAAGAAAGAAAUGAAUGUUUUGUUUGUAAAGAUUGUAUUAUUACAGCAGAUUUGAUGUUAAAUGAAUUGAUUGUUGAUAAUCCAUUAGCAUUUCAAGUCUCAUCUUUUCAAAAUCCAAAAGAUAAUUUUAUUUUUGUGGCUGAGAAUAAGAAAGUGAAAAGCGAUUGGAUGAAAAAAAUUAAAGAAACAAUAUUUAAUCAUUAUGCAAAAGAUAUUCCACAAAAAAGUAAAGAUUUACUUAUGAAUAUGACAUCAAAUAUUAUGGAUCAAUAUUCUGAUGAUAAAAUAGAUCAACCAUUACCAUCAUAUCAUCAUGUUAGUAGAAAAUCGAUUGCAUCACUUUUACAAAAUAAAAAUCCAAAAAAUAAAGAGAAAAGAAGAAAGAGUAUUGGAGUAAUUGGUGAAGAUAAUAACAUAAAUCAUGGAAAUAUAAUUUCUGAUCAUCAACCAAAUAUUGUGAUAAAUAUAGGUAAAUCUGGUUCACAAGUAGAUACACAAUCCAGAGGAAUAAGUAGAGAUAAUAAUAUUGUACUUCAUAGAGAUCCCGAAAAAGUUAAAAGAAUUUAUAUCAAUAGAAGUCAGAUGAUUGAAAGAUUAAUGCACCCAAAACGUGCUUUAUCUAAUUCCGGUAAAAAAAAAUCUCAUCAUUCUAGUAAUAAUAUACAAUUUAUGGAUGAUGACGAUAAUGAACCUAUUUGGAGAUAUAAUACAUCACCACAAAAUUCAACAAAUGAUGUUUGGGAGAAAAUUAAUCCUAAUGGUUCAUCAUCAAUAAAUGACGAUUUUUUCGAUGAAUUCUCAUCAGAUGACUCACCUACAUUACAUGAAAAUUCUCAUUUUUCAAAUCAAAUACUUUUUGAUAAAAUGUUAGAAGAAGAAUAUACAAAAAAUAGAAGCAGUUAUUUAAAUCCACACGACUCAGGGGUAUUUUUUGAAAAUAUAUCUCUUGAGUCAAUACCAAAUUCUUCUCCCUCAUCAGGAAAUAAACAUAGAAGAACAUCUCAGGUAGCUGAACAAGUACGAAGAGUAAAAGAAUCCAGAAAUUAUGAAAAAAUAAUAAAUGAAACAUUUAAUAAAAAUCAAAAAAUCAAUGAAACUUUGUCAACAAAAUAA